GCAUAUAUCCCUAAACAUGAAUUCCAACAGUGGCAAACGUCCUAUGCCAUUUUCUUCUUCAUCCUCCUCCUCCUCCUCUUCUUCAUCUUCCUCCUCAUCAUCAUCGGAUGCUGAGUUUGAUCUUGCAAGUGCAAUACAAGCACAAACAUUGUUAUUAACCAAUGCAUAUACUAGCUGCAACCUUGCCAUAGCUUUCUACAUGGAAAAUAUGGUUAAUCAAUCAAGGGAUGAGGAGGAAGAAACCCCUGACAGCGAGAGUGAAAAGGAAGCUGCAGAGGGAGUGAAGAAAGCGAGAAGCGGCAGUAGAUUCAGUACAGUAAAUCUCAGCGACAAACAACCUUCCUUUGAAAUCAUUGUGAAAAAGAGCCAUAAAUCUUCCAUGACUGUUCCAAUGGAGUUUGCUCGGUUCACCGGAAUAUUGCAUGAAAAGAUGAUAAAUCUGAGGUGUGAAAAUGGGGCGACUCAGAAAAUGGAGAUAGCAUCGUCGGAGAAGAGAGUCCGUCUGAUCAACUGAUGGAAGUCUUUCCAAGAAGCCAACAAGAUCAAGAAUGGGGAUAGGUGUUCCUUCACCUUGGUUAAUCCUGACAGCACAGAAACUAUGGUUCUGUUGGUUAAAAAACUACUCAAAUGAAAAUGGACAUGUAU